AUGGAAAAUCUCAUCUUUCUACAAUCAUUACUUGCAAUCACAAUCCUAAGCUUCAACUAUAGCGCCUGCGAGAUCAAGAAAACAAACAUCGUCGACGAUUCCAGGCCCAUCAUCCUGUUCGAGCGCUUCGGCUUCGCCCUCAACGGCCACGUCACGGUUUCCGUCGAAAACGUCUUGUACAGAUCGAAGCAUCAGAACGCAAAGCUUAACCCGUCUUCCAUGGGGUUUUUCCUCGUCAGCGACGCGUCAUUUCCCAGGAUCCUCAACGAAUCCUCGUACACAGAAGCCUUCUGCGUUCUGUCCAGCCAGUACGUGAAGCCGGUGUUCAAGUUCGACGAGCUCUCGCCGGUCUCAUCGCACAACGCCACGCUGGUGAUCGGCGAGGAGCCGGACGAGUAUAAUCUCAUCUUCGGGAACUGCCAGCCGGAAUUCCACGUUUCCAUGAAGGUGUUCACGGAAAUGUAUAAUGUGGACGGGGAUGAGGAGAAGGAUUUUCUCCCGGCGGGGCAGACGGAAUUGCCGAUGAUUUACUUCUUAUUCUUCGCCAUUUACCUGUGUUUUUUAGCGGUGUGGGGAUUUAUCUGCCUCAAACAAACACAAACCGUGAAAAAGAUCCAUAUAAUCAUGCUGGCAUUGCUGGUUUUCAAGGCGUUGAGGAUGAUAUGCGCGGCCGAGGACAAAAUGUUCAUCAGAAAAACCGGGACCCCGCACGGCUGGGACGUGGCGUUCUAUGUCUUCGGGUUCCUCAAAGGCAUCACUCUCUUCACGGUCAUCAUCCUCAUCGGGACCGGGUGGUCGUUCCUUAAACCGUAUCUGCAGGAGCGGGAGAAGCGCCUCUUAAUGUUCGCCAUACCAUUGCAGGUGAUGGAGAACAUAGCCGCAGUGGUAAUUGCGGAAACGGGGCCGGCCAAGAAGGAGUGGCUAGUGUGGAACGAGACCUUCUUGUUGAUCGACGUGGUUUGCUGCUGCACCAUAUUCUUCCCCAUCUUCUGGUCCAUCAGGAGCCUCCGGGAGGCGUCGGGGACGGACGGGAAGGCGUCGAGGAAUCUGGAAAAGCUGACGCUUUUCAAGCAGUUCUACGUUGUCGUCGUGGCUUAUUUGUAUUUCACGAGGUUUGGGGUGGCGAUGAUAGGGAAUGCGGUGAGUUACAUGCAUGAAUGGGUGGUGGCGGCCGCCGCGGAAACGGUGAACUUAGUGUUCUAUCUCUUCAUAUUCUAUAAUUUCCGGCCGAUUGAGAAGAACCCGUAUUUAGCCGUCGAUCAUUACGGGGAAUCUUCACCCACCUAUCGCACAAAAGCAUAUGGAGAAGAUUCUAUUCAAGAAUUGUAA